CGCAUUUUUUUUCAGCCGCAUUAAAUUAUCAGGUGUCCAUAGAAGUGGAAGUGGCUGUACUUGUCAUCACUCAAGCUCACAAUGGCAGGAAGGUGGAGUUUGAAGGCUAAUGAGAGGAGCAAGCUGUGUGAAAUAGCCCACGUCUGCAACAGGCGGAGGUCUUCAGAGGGAAGGAGGGAGACUUUCGGACUGGAAUCCCAGAAAGGCACAAAGUAGAGGAAAAUGUAAAUGUUGGGUCAAAAGCAGGUUGUGCUGAUCUAAACACCCUGGAUGUAGUAACAGAUUUUGUUUUGACUAACUGGUUAACGUUUUGUGAAGACAAAGAUUGUGCAGCGCUCUUUAUUUAAGGGACUUAGAUUGAGGUUGAAGACCUUCAGGAUUGGUGUUACUGUACUUGAUAGGAGCCUAAGCCUGUGGCCGUGCAAGUUGUGUUACCACUCCUCACUAUGGCAAAGUGGUUCAAGGAUUUCCAGCUGAGCCUAAAGACCCGGCCAAAGCCAGAGGGCACAGGAGCAACCCGAGCCGGAACGGAUUGUGAGGGAGCAAACAGGAAUCGGCGUGCCACCCAGAGUGAGAUAAACCCUCGGGGAACUGGGAGAGAGGUAAAAGGGGUUGCAGAGAGAGGGCGUGGUGAAUCUGAGCUGGGAAAACUCAGAAAAGCAGUAAAUGCUGGGAUGAAGGGGAAGUCUGCCGGAACUCAAGGAAAAACCGGCAGCAGCACACUGAUACGAGGGAAAACAGAACCAAAUAAAAAUCUCAUUCAAGGGAAAACUCCUACAGGACUAAUAAAAAAUGGAUUGACAAUGAAGAAGGAUAAUGGGAAACCACCCAAAGGAUCCGGGGAAAUUGGAAACAGUCUCUCUGGAAAAAACAACAAAAAUUCCAGCGUGGAUCCCGGGAAUGGCGAAGAAAUUGGAAAACCUGUCAAAAAUCCAUCGUUGAAACGGGCACAAAAUCCCGGUAAAUCAGGACAAAGUUUUUCUGGGAAACUUGGUUUGAAUCCAGGGAAAAUUACAGGGAGGAGUCCAGCCAAAACUGAAUUGAAACCUGAUCUGAAAGCUGGGAAAAAAGAUUCACAAACUGGGAAGGCGGACUUGAAAGCAGAGAAAGCUGAUGUAAAAAGUGGUAAAACAGACCUGAAAGCCAAGAAGCCAGAUUUGAAAACUGGGAAACCUGAAACAAACACUGGGAAAACACCCGAUUUGAAAACUGGGAAAACUGACCCAAAAACCAGCAAAACAACCAGUCAAAGCCCUGGGAAAACUGGAUUGAAUCUUGGAAAAAUAACUGGGACAAACACUGGGAAAACUGGAUUGAAAUCUGGAAAAACGGGACAAAGUCCAGGGAAGACUGGAUUGAAUCUGGGGAAACUAACUGGGAAGAAUUCCGGAAAAGCGGGACUAAACGCUGGGAAGCUGUCAGGGUCCAGCUACAUUUCACCCAAACACAGACUGAUCAAAGUGGAAAAUCAAGAGAAAAAUGGGAAGAACCUGAUGAACAGGAUUCCAAAUGCAGUGGAGGAUGAAGAAAGUGGGAAAGCCAAACAGGACACGGUCAUCAUUGUGGAGGAUUAUGCAGAUCCAUAUGAUGCCAAGAAACGAGAGACAGGACAAAAUGACGCAGAGCGGGUAGGGGAGAACGAUGGUUACAUGGAACCGUAUGACGCACAGCAGAUGAUUACAGAAAUCCGAAGACGAGGGUCGAAGGAUCCACUUGGGAAGCAGUCCCUGUUGUAUGACAGUCCCUAUGAACCGGGGGAAAUUGGGACAAAGCAGGAGGCACUUGGGAACUCUGCCCUAGAGAGGACAGGAAACCAGCGGCCAAUUGACAGCUGUCUGCCGGAGAAUGAUGAGCGUCCCGCAGCAGAGUAUGAGCAGCCUUGGGAGUGGAAGACAGAACAGAUCGUAAAAGCACUUGCAGUCCAGUUCGAGUCCACAGAGAGAUCAUCUCCACCCAAAGAGGAAAAGGUCAAACACCACCAUAGGCAGCCGAGCUGGACCCAGAAGGUCCUGAGGCAACAGAGUCCAGAGGGCAGCGAGAUGGGAGAGAAGGUGGAUCCAAACAUCCCUUUAGAAAAACAAGUCUGGUAUCACGGCACCAUCACCCGAAUGGAGGCAGAGUCUCGUCUACAGGCCUGCAAGGAGGCCAGUUACCUGGUACGAAACAGCGAGUCAGGAAACAGCAAAUAUUCUCUGGCCUUAAAAACCAGCCAAGGAUGUGUUCACAUCAUUCUGGCCCAGACAAAAGACAAUAAAUAUACACUGAAUCAGAACAGCGCCCUCUUUGACAGUAUUCCAGAGGUGGUGCAUUACUAUUGCAAUGAAAAGCUUCCAUUCAAGGAUGCGGAACACAUGACUCUCCUUUACCCUGUGCAGAAUAAACAGCAAUAAUUUGUGCAACUGCUCGUCUGUACAACCUGAUGGCGAGACAAUAGUCCAUAAAAAAGACACCCACAGCGGCCUCCCAGUCAACUCCAACCAACAGACAAGGAGGACAUAGAGAGAGAGAGAAACCGUAGCUGGAGAACACUCAACAGCAGCCUUCCCAACCAACUCCACCUGACAGAAAGAGAGAGAGAUAGGGAGGAUGCAGCCAGAUAUUGCACAUGGCAGUAGUAAUAUGCAUGACAGACAGCUUCCAAACCAACUGACAGGUACGAGAAGAGACAGCAUAGCCACAAAUCGCACACUAUAGCCGGGCCUCCAGACCAGCAGAAGUGAGCGGCUGGGAGGACACCAACAGACUUAAUCUUCUGACAAAAUAGUGGAAGGAGAAAGAAUAUAAUCACAAAAUAGCACAUCUUCAAGCCCAGGGACAAACAGUAUAGAAACACAUGAAGAAAUGUGCUGGAAUUGAAUAAGAAAUGAACUGGGUGCUUGGGUGGCGCAUACUUAAGUUUCAUCCUGGGACCUGGUUUUAAAUUCAGCCCAGGAUGAUGGGAUGAAAAUCUCUUUGUUCUGUUGACCAAAUGUGACGUGAGUCUACAGUACCCUUAACCUAACUCCUUGGUUCUCAUUAAAUUGGCAAUUUCACUCAGAGGCCACAGCACAGUUGAAGUGGAGAGUGGGAAAAUGGUACAUUGAUACAAAAAGGGCCGGUAUGCUGAUAGUGGGUUCAGGCACAUUGUGCAAACUGUGUAAAAGGAGCUCUGCGUUCAACCUGUGCUGUAUCUGUCCUGGGAGUGUUUGAUGGGGACAGUGUAGAAGGAGCUUUACUCUGUAUCUAACCCUGUGCUGUACCUGUCCUGGGAGUGUUUGAUGGGGUCAGCG